CAACAUUUAUCUAAAUUUGAGGCGAAAUGAAGAACGUUUUUAAAUCAUUUGCAAGUGGCUGAACUAGUAUUUUAUGGGUGGUUGUGUAAAUAAUGUUCCCUGUGAUAUCAAGUAACGAUAUGCUAUAAUGCUAACUCUUAGCAACAAUGUUUAAAUUACUUAAUCUGUCGUUAUAGUUAUAUAACCGCUAUGAAUAUUUUAAGUAUUGUGUAAGUUUGUGUGUUUUUUUUGGUUCACUAAGUGUGUGUAUGACAUGCGCACACAGAGCCCAGCCGCCGCGACCCCACCACUGCCCAGACACCGACUCACGACCAGGAGAGAGACCGACGGACGUGCGAGCAGACGCGGGCAUAUGUGAGUGGAACGGCGGGGAAGGUGGAAGCGGACGGGACGUCGCUGCGGUGGUCGGUCGGACGCUUUAUCUCAUUCAAUGACUACGGACAGCCAGGUUAAAGAUUUACAGCGAAUACGUCGUCACGCUGUCUGCUUAAUUUACAAGCGGUGCGAUCCAUCCAUCCAUCCUCCAUAGCCGAGCCAUGCCCCCCGCACCGAGCCUCCAAUCCAGCGGGCUGACUCUCUCGGAGACCAGCAUCGGUUCUUUUAAGAGGAGGAAGAGGAAAUCCAUCAUCGUCACGGUGAUGCUGUUGAUCGUGUCGGUGCUCAUACUCAUUUUCGGCCUGGCGGCGACGACCAGGACGCAGAACAUCACAGUGGGCGGCUACUACCCGGGACUCAUUCUGGGCUUUGGCUCUUUCCUGGGAAUCAUCGGCUCCCAUUUGAUAGAGAACAAGAGGCAGAUGCUAGUGGCUUCCAUUGUCUUCAUCAGCUUUGGAGUGGUGGCUGCAUUUUGCUGUGCUAUUGUAGAUGGAGUUUUUGCAGCCAGGCACAUUGACCUGAGGCCUCUGUAUGCAGGACGCUGUGGCUACCUCUCAAGCGAGACUGCGUCCGAACGAGACGUGCCGUGCCAGACAUCCUCUCGCACGUCCUGUAACCUGCACGUGAAGAGCAGCACGUGCUACUGCUGCGACCUCUACAACUGUGGCAAAGAGCAUCCUCAUAUGGGACUUCAGAAUAGAGAUUUGAAAAAGUUUAAGAAAUCGUCAAUGAUUUGGAACCGCGUGGAGGUGGUCGGAGGCUACCACGAGUACACCGACGUGAAGAGCUGCCAGGACGUGGUGCACCUCUACCACCUGCUUUGGUCGGCCACCAUCCUCAACAUCGUGGCUCUUUUCCUGGGCAUCAUCACUGCUGCGGUGCUGGGCGGCUUCAAAGACAUGACACCUUCUCAAAACUCUGAGAGUACUUCUGAACCAGAGGCCAUCACAGCCACAGUGCCCCCAGAGGCCACACCACAUACCAGCUCCGCCAGCUCCUACUACAACACUGCCCCCUGCCUGCCGCCAUACUCUGCCUAUGACGCACAGGGGGGUUCCUAUGUGUUCGCCGACUCCUCCGGCCUGUCAGACGACUCCCAGUCUGGGGUCAGUCACCUUUGGCCCACCAUGAUCCCCCCACGCUACUCCCCACCUCACAACCAUCCAGACGACAAACCCCCGCCGUACAGCCCCUAAGCGGGGAGCAGGCGGUGCCCGUUAUGUGAUGCCAUCCGACUGUGGCUAUCUCCAUGGAACCUGAGGUGGAGGACGGCGGCAACAACUUUUGAGUUUAAAGGCGCAAAAGAAGGUGCUUGGACGCUUGGCCUGUACAGCUCCAGUGAACCCAGAAAGUUUACAACUUCUCUGCCUUAAUGCAAACACACUCUUCCUGCACUGCAGCAUUCGGUCGUCUGGCCUCCGACGCUACACAUCUCAGCAUCCGCCAUGUUUCCGAGGUUCUGGAUGUGACGUGAAAUUAGCGGUUAGACUUGUUUAGCGGGUUCGAGUGUUGCUAGCCAAAAUGCACAGGUAGAUGAAUGAUACAUAAGACAGGUGAUCCACGGGUAAGCUUUAUUUUAUUUUAUUUAUCACCACCUUAAAGGUCCCGUAUUAUACUAUUUUUCCAUUUUAAAUCACUCUGACAGGUCGAACUAUUGUGUGUUGCAAGUGUGUCGGCAAAAAUCUAGUCUUGACGCCGUAAUUUAAAGGUGUGUUCAGUAAGCCCUACAAGAAACACGCUGUUUUUCGUGUCUGUAGCUUUAAUGCUAAUGAAAUGUGUUGUCCGCCCUGUCUCUGACGGAGUGUGUGUCUCCAAACUGAUGCACUUUUUACACAUACUCUGUCACGGCUGUGGUGCGUAAUCGCCACGGUGGCGGACUUUUUCCGUUUUUAUUCAAGUCAACGAGUCCGUUUCCAUCGCCUGCGGUACCGUUCCGGAUCCAUGCGCUAUAUAUACACUAUAUUGCCAAAAGUAUUUGGCCACCUGCCUUGACUCACAUAUGAACUUGAAGUGCCAUCCCAUUCCUAACCCAUAGGGUUCAAUAUGAUGUGGGUCCACCUUUUGCAGCUAUUACAGCUACAACUCUUCAUGGAAGGCUGUCCACAAGGUUGCGGAGUGUGUUUAUAGGAAUGUUCCACCAUGCUUCCAAAAGCGCAUUGGUGAGGUCACACACUGAUGUUGGUGGAGAAGGCCUGGCUCUCAGUCUCCGUUCUAAUUCAUCCCAAAGGUGUUCUAUCGGGUUCAGGUCAGGACUAUGUGCAGGCCAGUCAAGUUCAUCCACACCAGACUCUGUCUUCCAUGUCUUUAUGGACCUUGCUUUGUGCACUGGUGCACAGUCAUGUUGGAAGAGGAAGGGGCCCGCUCCAAACUGUUCCCACAAGGUUGGGAGCAUGGAAUUGUCCAAAAUGUUUUGGUAUCCUGGAGCAGUCAAAGUUAAUUUCACGCCCAACUCCUGAAAAACAACACCACACCAUAAUUCCUCCUCCACCAAAUUUCACAUUCGGCACAAAGCAGUCCGAAAUGUAGCGUUCUCCUGGCAACUUCCAAACCCAGAAUAUUUAGGAGCGAGGAAAUUUCACAACUGGAUUUGUUGCACAUCUAUGACAGUUCCACGCUGGAAAUCACUGAGAGCGGCCCAUUCUUUCACAAAUGUUUGUAGAAACAGUCUCCAUGCCUAAGUGCUUGAUUGUAUACACCUGUGGCCGGGCCAAGUCAAUAGGGCACAUGAUUCUGAUCAUUUGGAUGGGUGGCUAAAUACUUUUGGCAAUAUAGUGUACUCAGAGCUUCUAUGUUCUUCCACCGCGGAUCAAUUCAGCCAAAAAAAAUGCUAACUUUGGACAGGAAGUCAUACACAAACACAAAAUAAAUUAUCCGGUUUACUUUCAAAAUAAAAUAGUCCGUCUUCAAAGCGGGUCGUGUUUUACAUUUUGAAACGUUCUAAAGGGCGGGGACGUAAAUGAAACCAUUUUUUCAAAGAGUGUUAGACGUAAUUUCACUUUUUUUUUUUUUUACCCAAAUGCUGAUUCUGGAGGUCCAAAAUUAAAGAAGCAUAUACAGGCAUAUCCCAGGCAGCUAUGCACGCAUAUUGGGUCCUGUGUCAAAUGCCAGC